UGUCCUUUUUCUUUUUCUCUCUCCAGUUUUUUUUUCUCUUUUCACCUUACAUUGAGGAGGAUCUUAUUGCUCAUUGUUUGGUUUUGUUGAAAGCGUGGAUACCUCAUAUACCCUCCAGGCCAGGAUGCAAUAAUGGAAAACACUUCACUGAGUCCAGCUCCUGUUGAAGCUCAAGCGCGUCAGAAACCUUCAGGCACAAAGCGAAUCAAGAUCAGCCGGGCGUGCGAUGAAUGUCGUAAAAGAAAGGUAAAAUGUGAUGGUGCUCAGCCAUGCUAUCGAUGUCGCAAGUCGGAAACUCCAUGUAUCUUUGUCAAAUCUGCCCCACGACGUGGUCCUCCUAAGCAGUAUGUAGAGUUAUUGGAAACACGAUUACGGAUGGUUGAAAAAGCUUUGACUUUUCUGGAAAAGUCAAACGAUGAGCAUAGAGCCAUGGGCGAUGACGAUGAGGCAGACUGGGAUCAACCCAAGUAUGACUCUGUUCCUACAGAUAUUUACACAGACAUAUCGGGUCCCAUGUGUAUCGGUGACAUUGGCCAAGCCAUGUAUGUAGACGAAUCCAAUACCCAAGACCACCAGUUACUGGAGCGAACGUUGCCGCAUUUAUCAGAUACCCCCAUGCUUUCGUCCUUUGCCGUCAUCCCUCCUGAACUCAUAGAUACCUAUUUUGAUGCGGUUCAUCCCCAUUUUCCAUUGCUACACAAAUCAUCCUUUUACGCUCGCUUGAACGAUCGAAACGCCACCCAUUCGCUGAUUUUACUGAAUGCCAUGUGUGCUGUUGCGGCUAUUUGGCAUCGUCCACCUCUGGCUACCCCAGGAGCCCCAGGCAUUCAAUUCUAUCAACGAGCAUUUUAUCUCAUUGACGAUUACGCCGAUACACCCCGCAUAUCCACCAUUCAAGCCCUGCUAUUAUUAAUCAAAUAUCAAGAAUACCAUCGAAGACCUGGUUUCUUUUGUAGACCUUCCCUGUACAUGCAGAUGGUCGUACAGAUGUGGAAUGACCUUGGUCCUAUAUAUCCCCCCAAAUACACUACCGAUGUUAUCGAACUGGAAGUUGGAAAACGUACUUUUUGGAUGGCCUAUGUCUACGAUAUGAUGAUGAGCGUCGAGCAGGGACGAGAGCCAGGCUUCAUGGAUAUCGACUUCACCCCAGAAGAUCCCCCUAUAAAUACCGAAGAGGAUGCAGUCGAACAAACCAUCAUAGAUCAUCAUCGGUGGAUGUUUCAGCUGGCCAAGAUCCUCGGUUCAACCCUCAAAUUCGUUCGUUUGAUGGCGGGUAGACGAAAACCCUCAGUGCAGAGAAGUAAACGUCAAAUACUGGAAGAAAAUACUCGGUUCUUGACAUGUCGGGUCAACCUGGAUAACUUUCUUCAGUCGUUACCGUCAUCCUUGGUGUAUAUGCCAUCCAACUGUGAGCCGUCUUACCCUUCGGCUAAAGCUACUUUUUCCUCCCCUUUCGCCGCCUUUUUACACAUGACAUACCAUCUGGCGGUCAUUUUGCUUCAUCGCCCAUACACUAUGUAUCCCUUAAUACAGCUGGAAGAACUCGACGCCUCUUAUCCACACCGUGAAAUCUGUGCAGCGUCUGCAUCUCAUAUCACCCAUAUCGUAUCUGACUUUGUGAACCAAGCCGACACCCAACAGUUUAUGCGAUGUAUUCGAGGUGCCCAACACACCAUCCAUUGUCUGACGACCGCCAUCACUGUACAUAGUAGUCUAAUGAAUACUUCUGUCUCUGACCAAAUGGCUCAGGUAUCCAAAGAGCAGUACGAAUUAACUCUUUCCCUGUUGCGGGACAUUGCUAUGGAAUCACCGUCCCUGGAAUUUCAAACAAGGUUCAAAGAUGCCGAACUGACCUUUUUAUAUGGUCAAAUGGCAGUGAAUCCAUCCGAUACCACUGGUUCACCUGGCGUUCAGGAGCGACAGGUUACCCCCGCUGCAUCGAUCCCUGCCCCAACCUCGACGCAAAGCACAGGUCGUCAAACAAGGGCGCAGCAGCAACAAAGACGCAAUUCUGGCCCAACCAUGACGAUGCGCCAGAAUAGUGGUGGCUUACCAAGAAUGGGGUCUAAUAUUCCAAUGUCCGUGGCAGGAACGGAUCGACGCAUGAGCGCAAUUUCUCCCCAACCUUCUCAUACCCCAGCACCGUAUUCCAUGCUGAUGCAAUCCAGCGUUGCUCUCAUGGGGAAUGAUGCUGCCAGUCGGUUUGCCGCUAUGUUUCAACAACCACCUCAGUGGCGUGGAUACCCUGCAUCACCACAACAGAUGUCAGGCGGACAAAGUGGUGGCGUGAUGGAUCCAACGGUGCAUUCUCGCUUUCUAAACCACCUACCUCCUCAUUUCCAACGUCCGUACGAUGAUUCAUCAGCAGCCGCUAUGCAAGCGGCCAUGAUGAACAGCCCUGUGCCUAUGCGGACACAAUCUGCAACUUACCGGAUGGGAAGUGGCGGGUCGGGACGUGCGUCUACCUGGUCGCAAGGCACCGCUCCCAUGUACGCAUACCCACAACAACAGCAGUCACGGCCCACCUCACAACUGCAAAAUAGCGUGGCUGCGUCCGACCCUUUGAUGAUGUAUGGUUCCUACUCACAUCAGUUGCUGCCUAACGAUGGUGGAUCUGUCAACCGAUCUUCCAGUUCUAAUCCUGGCGGGCCAACUCCUUCACGAACGACCUCCAGUUCAAGGGCAACCCCUUACUCAACCCAGAGAAGACCUGCCACCAUCGGUCAUCACCGAAGACAUACUAUAUCUGAUUCUUCAAAACAAAUGACGAUUGAAGGACUCUCGGAUGACAAAUUGUCCCUCUCACGUAGACGAGCGCGUGCCAAUACCCGAUCUCAGUUGCUGCCUAUGACGUAUAGUCCUUUGACAGACGGGACAGCUCAAACCGCAUCCACCGAGUCCGCCAAACUAUCAGCAGCUGCUGCCACCGCGGCAUCAGGAUCAUCGUCUCCGUCUGCUAUGGUGGAAGAUAGUGACAUGGCUUUGGAUACCCUGGGUGACGAUCAUGCAGAACCAAAGAACGAAGAGAGUAUGAUGCGAUACUUGAUGGAUGAAUGGGUCCCUCAAACGCCAGAUAAUUAAUGGAUGCCGCUCCGGAACUUUAUACCAUGGUGCUUCCCCUUUGGCUUACUUCCUUCAAUUCUUUUUUUGUGAGUUAUUUUACUGGCGCAUGCAUUCAUCUUUUUCAUAGUCUUCAAAUCCAACUUUAUCAUAGAAAUUGCAUCACCUUUUUCUUUUUUUUUUUUUUUUUUGGUUCCUGGAUGGCAUGCAGAAUCCCAGGAGCAUGUACAUACUGUUUUAUUGGCGUGGCUAUCCACAUCGGUUGGGAUUAUGUUUUGGCUACCUUUUACGUGAAAACAGGUUGUUUAAGAUGAAGGCAAAGAAAACAUGAAAGAAAUAAACAACACAUUAUGAAGUUAUUUUUACAUGGCUGCUCG